UAGCGUCCGGCCCAACCACACGAUUGCCUGCCUCUUAGAUCUAUGGUCCCUAUUCAUUACUGACAUGUCAGUAACCAUUUGGUUACUGACCCUAUCUGCUGCCUCAUUUUCCAUGGCCUGGGAAAGAAAGACAGGUCACAACAUUCUUAUUACAUGAGCAUAAUGAUUCAGAUAAUUCAAGAGUAUUGUUACAGUAACCAAACAUAAUGUGCAGGUGAAAGAGAGGGUAGGUUGUAAAAAUCUCUACUGACAAAAUUGUCGUGUAUACUGAUCAAGAUGUCUAGGGCAAUGAUCUUUCAGCGGCUGCAAUUGUUUUUCACCAAAAAUUUCCCUCAACCGCCAACUUCCCACCGCCACCCAUUCCUUCCAAUUCCACCUAUAAAUCGUGCACAUUACCUAGCACAACGCACACCUUGUCAUAAAUCUACAACAAUAUAUCUUCAUAAUGCUACCUUAAGUAUUUGUGUCUGCCAAAUCAACUAAACAUAAAUAAAUAACGAAAAUGUGAAUAGAAACUUUAGCAGUUGACCAAGUGUAAUUAACAGUUUAGCAAUCAAUCUCCAGAAUAAUCAACCACAUUUGAAGGGGAAGUAUGAGAACGGUCAACGAACCUCAUGUCUAAGAUAUAGCUGGCCGAGGAGGCCUAAACUCGUUGGCCUCUUCCAAAACAGUCUCAUCAACUAAGGAGAUGUUGUGACAAAAUAGUGAAAUUCAUGGUGGGAUUCAUAAGUGUGGCGGGUGACAUGAUUCGAUUCAGUUGGAAGGAUAACCAAAGUGCUGGAAAGUGUAAGAAGUACUAACAUUCCCGACAAAGAAAGCAUCGAGGGGAAGGAAAAGAGCUGGUCAAGGGCGAGAGGAAAACAUCCAUUUUUCAACUUGAAGGUGUUCUUGGAGGUAAGUUACUCUAUGCCGCAGACCAACAACUAAUACAGAGCAAUCAAUAGCAAACCUAUACAAAUUAGUCUAAGAGAAGCAGGUAAGCACAACUACCAAAGUGUUGUAUGAUAUUAUACUUCCCCUUCUACCUCUUUAGAUUACCCACAUAAUGACUUAGGUUUAUGCUAAAUUAAAGUUGAGUUUAUUUUUUGCUUGGUAGUUACUGUUUAGUCUACACCAGCACAUAACGGUGCAUGGCCACUGACAUAAGCAACCCCAAAACAAUACACAAAUAAAAGGCAAAAAGGAAAUCCAGUAAUAAGGAAAUUACAGAAAAAAACUGUAGUAUGUUGCUACCACUCUGUUUUGGAUCUCACCAGUUUCUUUCUGUUCUUUGUCUCCCCUUCUCUAUCCUUGCAAAUUGUCUCCCCUACCUAGGUUUUUCCAAUUACUGGAUAGCAUUGUAAAUCCUUUUCAUUAUUGCUGAACGUGCUAAUUAUCUAUUGACCUACCGUGCAUCUUAUAGCAAUUUAAACAAUGAGCAAAGCAGACAGAUGUAAUGAUAUGUACACAGAGUUUCCAUACUGAAUUAUGAUCAACAGAUGUACUGAAGAAGCACGUCCAUUUAGCAGCUACCAAAAACUCACAAAUAAUGCAGUGACCAAAGCCUAUUCGUAGAGAGCCAAUCACUAAUCAUGCAGACAACAAAUGUUGAUUCAGGCAAGGAAAUCAAGUCGAAGAUUGCCUAUUAUGCCCGUUGCCCUUUCAGCUGUAUCAAAGGAAACAGCUAGCUAAUUUGAAGAGUUUCCUUCUUGGUCGAUUAACGGCUAGCUGGUUCUGGUAUUUAUACCUCUCCAUGCUGACUUCUCAAGGCACUUUUGUAGAAGCUUGUUAGCUGUAGAGGGCUUAAGCUUGGCAAUUACAAAAGGGGGUUUUUGACAUACACAGGGUGGAGGAUCUGAGUGUGUCAAGGCUGGUCAGAUCAAGAUUGAUCUGGGUUAUUUGUUCAGCAAUUUAUUUGUGUGUUCUUGUUCUUUCUUUUUGCUAAAACUGAAAUAUAAUAAAGGCCUCCCAGACCAUAUUCUGGGACGUGGAAGUAGACCAUUGCACUUGGGCGAACCACGUUAAAAAUAUCGUGUGCCAUUCUUUUCUCAGUCUUUCACUUGCGAUUCAGAUUUCUUCUUUCGAUCCUCUGCUCUUCCUCUGUUUCACUCUGCUGUGCAUUUGUGCUCUGUUCUGUUACAAAGAAGAAAUCGUCUCUGGCUUUAUGAUCUAACCGAGACUGGGCUUCGGCCUGUCUAUUAAGUUGUACCAGUGGUUGUGUAAAACUGAGGUUAGAUCGUGGGCUUAGAACUCUUGGGCCCAGAUAUAAAUAGAAGGAACGAACAGUGUCUGAAGACACUUUGUCUUUGUCGUUCCCAUCUCUGUCUGUUCCCAUUCUCGAUUUCCCUGAACCCUAAAACUUCUCCUUCUCUGUAUCGAUUUCAAUUGGUAUCAGAGCUGCUCCUUGCAAAGCUAACUACUGCCAAGGUUUACGAUCCAAUGGCGUCUAGUUCCUUCGGUCAUGCAGCCCUAAAUCAUCUCCCAAUUUUCACUGGAUCGAAUUACACUGCGUGGAAGAAACGGAUGAAACAAUUCAUGUGGGGGAUCGAUGAAGAACUCUGGCUAGUCGUGCAAAAUGGACCUGUAGAAAUGAAGGAUGAAGAACAAUCGAUAUGGUUAGUGGAACAGAAGAAAAGUGCUCAAUUGAAUCAGAGGGCUAUGCAUGUCUUGCAAUCCGCCAUGAAUCCUGAUGAAGCUGAUCAAGUGGAGAAUUGCGCAAUAGCCUGGGAGAUCUGGACAACGCUCGAAAGCACAUAUGAAGGUACCUCUAAUAUCAAAGAAUCUCGCAUAGACCUUCUUGUUCAUGAUUACGAAGCUUUCAGUAUGAGUAAAGCUGAAGGUAUUCAUGAGAUGUACUCUAGGUUUACUAUUCUUAUAAAUAAGUUGAAAGGGUUGGGAAAAACUUUUCAGACAAAGGAUCUUAACAGAAAAAUACUCAGAUCUUUGCCAAGAGAAUGGCUGCCUAAAAGAACUGCUAUUGAAGAAGCUAAGAAUCUGAGUACCCUACCUAUUAGUGAAUUAAUAGGUUCCUUGUUAAGUCAUGAGCAUGUUUUAAAGCAGGUUAGUCAGGAGGAUGAAAAACGUAGCAAAAACCUGGCAUUUAAAUCAAAAGUUAUAGACUAUGAACAAGACAGUGAUAUGGAAAAUGACUUUGAAAAAGAAUUUGCUCUUGUUAGCAAACGAUUUCAUAGAAUGCUAAAGUUCAAAAACGGCCAAAAACAGCGUUUAGAUGACUCCAAAUAUGGAGGUACUAAAAAUCAUUUUCAAAGUAGGCUGCUACCACAGCAGACCAGAAAAUUUGAAUCAGGUCAGCAGGAAAGGGAGUCUCAGGCAUGCUACAAGUGUGGGAAAUUUGGUCACAUAAGAGCACACUGCCCUCAAACCAUAAAGGCCAAAGAGAAAGCUAUGAAGGCCUCCUGGAGCGAUUAUGACACUGAUCAAGAAGAACAGGAGUCAGAAAAUGAAGCAUUUAUGGCCAGAACAAGCCCCAUAGAAGAAGAAGAAGAAAAAGAGUCAGCUGUUGUGAGUGAUGAUCACAAAUGGUAUCUCGACAGUGGGUGUUCCCACCAUAUGUCUGGUAAGAAGCUUCUAUUCUCUUCUUUAACCCUGAUGAAUGGAGGUAAAGUGUGGUUUGGGGAUAAUGGAUGUGGAAAAGGUAAUUGGAUCUGGAACUGUAGGAAGAAAACCUCUUCCUUCUUUUAAAAAUGUCUUACUGGUUGAAGGACUAAAACAUAACCUAUUGUCAAUAAGUCAACUUUGCAGUAAUGGAUAUCAUGUUAUGUUUGAAACAGAUAGGUGUGUUGUUAAGAGAAAUAAAGAUGAAAAAGUCAUGUUUGUUGGGAAAAGGUUAAAUAACAUGUAUGUCAUUGAUCUAAGUAAUCUUGGUGCCUUUAAUGAACUGUGCUUUGUCUCUUCAUUUCAACAAGAAUUGACUUGGCAUAGGAAGAUGGGUCAUGUGAGUCUUCAAAAACUUGUUGAUCUGACUAAGUCUGGUCUAGUUAGGGGAGUACCAACUUUAAAGUUCAAAACUGACUUUUUCUGUGAAGCAUGUGCGAGUGGUAAGCAUUGUAGGAAACCUUUGAAUUCCAAAACUGAUAUCACUUCACAUGAAAUGUUUGAAUUAAUUCACAUGGAUUUAUUUGGUCCAUGUAAUGUUACAAGCCUUGGUGGUAAAACGUGUUGGUUCUGGUUGAUGAUUACUCUAGAUACACUUGGGUGUACUUCCUUGCUUACAAGGACGAGGCUCUUGCAAAAUUCAAAUCAUUUAUCAUGUUGUUUUUAAAUAAGAUUAAAACCAUUAAAAGUGAUAAUGGGGGGGGGGGGGAAUUUGUGUCUGAAGAAUUUGAAAUUUUCUGUAAUGAGUCAGGCAUUUCUCAUACUUUUUCUGCUCCAAGAACUCCACAACAGAAUGGAGUUAUGGAAAGAAAGAAUAGGACUCUUAUUGAAUGUGCUCGUACUAUGCUUCUUGAUUAUAAUCUUCCAAAAUUCUUGGGCUGAAGCUGUGAGUACUGCUUGUUAUGUUACAAAUCGAGUUUUUAUUAGAAAAGGUAUUAACAGAACUCCCUAUGAAAUUUUUAAGAACAAAACUCCUAACCUUGCUUAUUUUCAUCCUUUUGGAUGUUCUUGUCAUGUUUUAAACACUAAAGACAGGCUAGGUAAAUUUGAUGCUAAAUCUGACAAAGCCAUCUUUCUAGGCUACUCAAUAAAAGGACAAGCCUAUCGUGUUUAUAACAAACGUACUCAGAAAGUGGAAGAAUCAGUUCAUGUUAUAUUUAAUGAUUCUAACACUGGAAGUGAGGAAUUUGAGCAGGAUUUUCAGGAAUAUGAUCUCUUGGAAAUGAUAAGAACUAGUUCAGAACCUACUGAAGAGGUCAUCCCAGAAGAAAGAACCAAAAUUGAUGAAGGUCCCAGUCUGGAAACUGUUUCUGCAGAGGAGGAUCUCUCUGCUGCUACUACUAAAGCACCUCCCUACAUUCAGAGGCGUCAUCCAUCAGAUCAGAUCAUAGGUAACCUGAAUGAUGGUCUUCGAACUAGAGGUAAGUAUGUUCCCGGACAAUAUGCUUAUGUUUCUCAGUUUGAACCAAAGAACUAUAAAGAGGCUAUUAAAGAUGAUGAAUGGUUCUUUGCUAUGGUCGAUGAAUUAACACAAUUUAAAUCUCUUCAUGUUUGGGAUCUUGUGCCUAGACCUGUGAACCAAUAAGUGAUUGGAACUAAGUGGGUCUUUAGGAACAAAUCUGAUGAAAAUGGUACUAUAAUUCGAAAUAAAGCCAGAUUAGUGGCACAAGGUUAUUCACAGGAGGAAGGAGUAGAUUAUGAUGAAACCUUUGCCCCUGUUGCUAGGCUAGAAUCAAUUCGAUUACUGUGUGCUUAUGCUUGCUACAUGGGGUUUCCUCUUUAUCAAAUGAAUGUUAAAAGUGCAUUCUUAAAUGGUGAUAUCAAUGAGGAAGUUUAUGUUUCACAACCUCCUGGUUUUGAGGAUCAUCAAUACCCUAAUCAUGUUUAUAAACUUAAAAAAGCUCUAUAUGGUCUAAAACAAGCUCCAAGAGCUUGGUAUGAUACACUUACCUCUUUUCUGCUUCAACAUGGUUUUGUACAGGGUUCAGUUGAUAAGACCCUAUUUAUUAAACACAAAUCAUAUGA